AUGACCUAUGUCACGGCGCGGGGGCGCACCCCAGGGUGGCGGCGGCGGCGGCGGGAGGUGACCGCGGAGGGCGAGGGGACGCGGGGACAGGGGGCGGCCACGCGGCGCUCCCUGCCCGGCUCCUGUCCCGGCCUGGCGGGGCCGCGGGGAGCCCGGCCUGGCGCCCCCGGGUGCUGCUGGGCGCUGCCCACGGCGCUGCUGUGCGCCUACGGCUUCUUCUGCAGCGUGCGGCCCUCCGAGCCCUUCCUCACCCGGUACCUGCUGGGGAUGAACCUCUCCGAGACCCAGGUGUUCAACGAGAUCUACCCGGUGUGGACGUACUCCUACCUGGCGCUGCUGUUCCCCGUGUUCCUGGCCACCGACUACCUGCGCUACAAGCCCGUGGUGCUGCUGCAGGGCCUGAGCCUCAUCGUCACCUGGUUCAUGCUGCUCUACGCCCGGGGGCUGCGGGCCAUCCAGUUCCUCGAGUUCUUCUACGGGAUGGGGACCGCCACCGACAUCGCCUACUACUCCUACCUCUACAGCAUUGUCGACAUCGACCUGUACCAGAAGGUCACCAGCUACUGCCGCAGCGCCACCCUGGUGGGCUACACGGUGGGCUCGGUGUCCGGGCAGGUUCUCGUGUCUGUGGCAGGGUGGUCCCUCUUCAGCCUCAACGUCAUCUCCUUAACCUCCAUAUCCGUUGCCUUCGGCACGGCCUGGUUCCUGCCGAUGCCGCGGAAAAGCCUUUUCUUUCACCACGUCUCCAGUCAGCCGUUCAGCAGGGAGAUGAAGGUCAUGGACUGUAAAAACGGAUCAGCUGUCCAAGAUCAGCCCAGCGUGCAGAGGACGCCUGGCUGGGAGGAUGAGACUAAAGUUCCCUUAAACAUGGAGGGGAGCUCAGCAGAGAAACAGGAGCAGAAAGUAGACGUCGUGAAGGUGCUCAAGGAUCUCUGGCGGGACUUCCUGCAGUGCUAUUCCUCUUGGACCAUGCUGUGCUGGUCGGUGUGGUGGGCACUGUCCACUUGUGGCUACUUCCAGGUCAUCAACUACGUUCAGGGCCUGUGGGAGAUGGUGCUGCCUUCUAACAGCACAGAAAUCUACAACGGCGGCGUGGAGGCGGCCUCCACACUGCUAGGAGCUGUUGCAGUGUUUGUUGUGGGCCAUAUAAAAACAUCCUGGGCAAUGUGGGGUGAAGUGGCACUUGCCCUCUUCUCCUUUCUUAUUGCUGCUGCUGUAUAUAUCAUGGACACUGUUCACAACAUCUGGGUGUGCUAUGCAUCGUAUGUUGUCUUUAGAAUUAUCUACAUGCUGCUAAUCACAAUAGCAACGUUCCAGAUCGCUACAAAUCUCAGUGUGGAGCGGUAUGCCCUGGUGUUUGGGGUCAAUACUUUCAUUGCCUUAGCACUUCAGACUCUACUCACAUUGAUUGUUGUGGAUGCCAGUGGGCUUGGGCUGGACAUCUUCACCCAGUUCAUGAUUUACGCAUCUUACUUUGCGGCUAUCUCCCUGGUGUUCCUGGGCAGCGGCAUAUACAGUAUUAUUAGAGCUUACAGAAGACAAGAGCAGAUGCCAAGCAGAUCUCCUGAAAGCCAUUAGUGCACCAAUUGAAGACCUUCAGUGGCUACAUAUGAAGACAGAGGUCUGGUUUUUAAUCUCUGCCUUUUCUUCCCAAGGCAGUCACCUUAAUGGCACUUGAUCCAUAUUUAUACUAUGUUAGUAGCACAUUUUAGAAGGUAAAUGUAUUAGAUCUUACGUAAGUAAGAACAUAUAUCUUCUUUCUAAAAUGCCUUUUGUUCUUCUGUUGCAUAUAUGGGAUGUGCAGCAAAGAACAGUAAGUUUUCUCAAUAAAUGAAAGCCUUGAGAGGCUUUAGUUUAAAGCCGUGCAUCUGGAGACUGUCAUUGAAAAGGCAGUUUUGAUUGCCUGGUAAACAGCUACUCUCUUUGUCAUUAAGAUGCUGCUGUAGUGAGGACAUUCUCAUAGACCUCUUUGUAGAGAGACCUGGGCCUGGGAGAGGAGGUGGCCUUAGGUCAGUGCUCUGCAGCGUGGCUCUUGCCGUGCCUGCUCUGAGAUGCUGGACACUCUGUUUUGAGGACUCGUACACUUAUGUUUCUGCAUAUACACAUGCUUCUUUUAGUUUAGUAUUAUUUCGGCAGCUUAUCUGCUAUCCCUGCUGUCAGAGCUUCACCACAGCUGAUCAUGCUACCUCCACAAAAAUCUAACUGUCCUGGGGCAACUUGUGACAGCGCUGACUUGGCCGCUGGCGGCACUACUUGUCCUGUGAAGGUCUGCACCCAAGGGACUGUAAAGCUGGAGGGGAAGCCUAGAGGGAGUUCAAGUAGGCAGGAUGCUGAUCUGCAGAACAGUCAGGCAUCCUUGCCUGUGUCCUCUAGGUCUGCAGAUUCCUGCAGUUGCUAAGAGUCACUGACUCGUGUCACAGAAGCCUGGGCUACCUCAGUGGGUUGGUGGAUGUGAGUGUAGCACCAAGAAGGAAGGUGACUUGCAGGAUUUUAAGCUAUUCUUUGUAACCUCAGAGAAUCAUGACUGCAGUGACUAGACACCUUCAGUUACUGUAUUUAACAAAAUGAACACCUGAGGCCUUGAAAAAUGCUGAUUGUUGAUCUGUUGCUUCUUCCCUUUUUAAAAUGCCUUUGUUUCUGGUGGGGUCUCUAUCCACUAGUUCUACCUCUUCUUUCCACUUAAAAAAAAAAAA